AUGAGUUCGUCGUCACCAUUUCCCAAUGGGGUUCCGACUAUCCUGGUGGAGGAAGACGCUGCAACAAAUGAGCCUCUUUCCAAACCAGUCAAGACACGAAAGCGGGGAUUUAGUUUACGAACACAGCUGUUCAGCAAGAAUCUGGGCCAAUCGGCCGAGGAUUAUCUAUCUACACCGGAGAUCGAGCUCAAACAGGUGGAUAACGCAUAUAAUCCCAAUGAGUUGGACGUAUUUCGGCACGAUCAAACAAGUUCCUCUGACUCUAGUUUCUAUAACAGCUCACGAUCUUUGAAUCAGUCGGUGAUAGAUCUCGAUAAUGAGCCCGUGUACAACUACAAGUACUCGCAACGACCUAAAAGGCGGUUCCAUUUACUCAAGAAAACAUUAAACACACUGAUGGGGAUCUCGACCCCACCAGAAUCACAAGGAGGACGAAGAUUGCCGAUCUUGCUCAACUUGAAAAAGAGCCCAGAGCCAACAAUCACAAGCAAAAAGGGAGACUUGCUUUUGGUGGAUAACCGGACCAACCAGCCGUAUGUGAAUAAUCUCAUCACCUCUUCGAAAUACACCAUCUUGAGUUUCCUGCCUCGUCAGCUCAUUGCCCAGUUUUCCAAGUUGGCUAACUGUUACUUCAUGACCGUGGCCAUUCUCCAGUUGAUUCCUUCCUGGUCAACAACCGGUACCUCCACUACAAUUAUCCCCCUCUCGAUAUUUAUCUCCAUCUCUAUCUUGAGAGAAGGAUACGACGAUUUCCGAAGACAUAGAUUGGACCAAUCGGAAAACAACAAGACCGCAUCGAUCUUGAGAACAGGAAAAGUCUAUGGCGACUCGCAUUACAUGUACACGAAGAGCGCGUCGUCGCUUUCUCGGUUACGUGCCAGUUCACAGUCGUUCGAUUCUGAUGAGUACGAAUCACAGGACUUGGACAACAUGGUGUUCGAGGAGAACACGUUUGCCAACGCACGGGUUCUGACCAGGGAAGGCAUCUCGGCCGCUCGCACCCGCUGGAAAAAUAUCAGGGUUGGCGAUAUCGUGAAAAUCGAGUGCGAUGAAUGGGUCCCGGCAGACGUUGUUCUGCUCACCUCUACAAACGAGAUGGGAGAGACGUUUGUGGAAACAAUGGCAUUAGAUGGUGAGACCAAUCUCAAAUCCAAGGUUCCAAAUCAGGAGCUCAACAAAAUUGCAAACUCGGCAGAUGGUCUUCGCAGACUAAACGCUCAGAUCCAUUGCGAGGAUCCAAACUCGGACUUAUACAACUUUGAAGGAUCUCUGGAACUUGAAGACACCAUUACGCAUGAGACCAACAAAUAUCCGCUUGGGCCAGACAACAUUAUAUAUAGAGGCUCGGUCAUUAGAAAUACUGAUGCAUGUCUCGGAGUCGUCGUUUUCAGUGGUGAAGAGACCAAAAUUAGAAUGAACUCGAUCAAGAAUCCCCGCAUCAAGGCCCCAAAGUUACAGAGAUCCAUCAACUUCAUUGUUGCAUUCAUGGUGUUUGUGGUUGCAUCUUUGUCGCUGUAUUCAUUCAUGGCCGAAAGAUUGUUCUACCAAAAAUACAAGGAUAAAAUUUGGUAUACCAAGGGUGAAGAUGCAGGGAUUGCACCUACAAUCAUGGGUUUCAUCAUCAUGUACAAUACACUGAUUCCGUUGUCGCUUUACGUGACUAUGGAAAUUAUCAAGGCGGUCCAGAUGCUUCUUCUACAGUGGGAUAUCGACAUGUAUCAUCCACAGUCCAACACGCCAGCAGAAGCACGUACUGCCACCAUUUUAGAAGAACUGGGACAGGUCAGUUACAUUUUCUCCGACAAAACCGGUACUUUGACCGACAAUGUCAUGUUAUUCCGCAAGUUCAGUGUCUGUGGCACCCCAUGGAUCCAUGACAUAGACCUUUUGACAGCUCAGGAUCAAGAUGCCUCUCAGAUUCCCUUGACCAAUGAUAGUCAGGAAUUGGACCCAAGAACCAGCAUCAGUCCUACUAGAGCAAUGAGUCCUACUAGAGCAGGAACUUCAACAUUUGCCGGACGCCCAAGUAUGGCGUCUGUGAACCCCAGCCUGGUUACUGCGCAGACGGCAAAGUUGAUGGAAGGAUCCGAUUCCAAACCAGCGAUCAAAAGUUCAAUAGAGCUUAUCAGGUACCUACAGUCAUGUCCCAACACUGCUUACGCGAAGAACGUGACGUUUUUCUUGGUCUCGAUAGCAUUGUGCCACUCUUGUCUUCCAAAAAAGACCAAAACUGACUCCAUUGCCGAAUUGGAUACUGCAGAAGGGUUUGAGGAGGAGACUGAAGCUAUUGAUUACCAGGCCUCGUCUCCAGAUGAGUUAGCGUUGGUUCAGGCCGCAAGUGAAAUGGGAUUCAUUCUUUAUGAGAAGAAGCAAAGAUUCUUAACACUCAAAACUUAUCCUCGCGGGUUUGAGGAAGAGCCUGAGUUUGAGACUUACGAGCUUCUUGAUCUUGUUGAGUUUAGCUCCACUAGAAAAAGAAUGAGUGUGGUGAUUCGUAUGCCGGACUCCAGAAUUGUUCUUUUCUGUAAAGGAGCAGACAAUGUCAUUAUGGAGAAACUCAAGAACUCUCAGGUUGCUCAUAACAAGCAGCAAGAAUUCACCCAGACCAUUGCAGAAAGAAAACGGUUUGAGGCCGAGAAAAUCCUACAUCGGAGAUCAAUGGAUGUUACUUCCCCACAUCCAAGAACAUCGUUGGGUUCCAUUCCUAGACCUAGUCUUACUCUUUCAAGAUCGUCAAUGGAAGGAAUCCCAGCUAACGUUAAGAAUCACGCAGCAAAAACUAUUGAUUCGGUCCUUUCUGAAGAUGACCAAAGACAGGAGAUUGAGGAUAUAGUGAAGCGGGCUCGCAAAUCCUUACAUCUGAAGCAGAUUGAAAGAUACAACUUGAAAGACGAAAAUUCUUACAUUCCAUCUGAUAGACUUGUGAGAAACGAGGAAUAUGUUCUGGAGAAAACCAUUGAACAUAUCGAAGAUUUCUCUACUGAAGGGUUGAGAACACUACUGUAUUCUUACCGGUACCUUUCGGAGGACGUUUAUUCCAAAUGGGCAGAGCAGUACAGCAAGGCCAAGACCUCGCUGACCAACCGUGCAGAACUUGUUGAGAGCGUUGGUGGUCAGCUUGAAGAGAAUCUGGAACUCUUAGGAGCCACUGCUAUUGAGGACAAGCUACAAAAGGGAGUUCCAGAAGCCAUUGAAAAACUGCGUAGGGCAGGAAUCAAACUCUGGAUGUUGACCGGAGAUAAAAGGGAAACUGCCAUCAAUAUUGGCUACUCUUGUCGGUUAAUCAAGGAUUACUCGAAGGUGAUCGUUCUAUCUAUAGCUGAUGGCAUGGAGAAACUGUCCUCGAUGAUGACCGCUGGAGAGCUUGAAAUCGAAGAAGGAAAUGUGGCACACUGUGUGGUUGUUGUUGAUGGUGGCACUCUUGCCGAGAUCGAGACAGAUUCCACCUUGAUGACGGUUUUCAUUUCCUUGUGCAUGAAAUCUGACUCUGUGAUCUGUUGUCGUGCCUCGCCAUCCCAGAAGGCGAAGAUGGUUACCAGUGUUCGUAACUUGGACAAAUCCAAGGUCACCUUGGCCAUUGGUGACGGAGCCAACGAUAUUGCAAUGAUUCAAAGUGCCGACGUUGGUGUUGGUAUCACUGGAAAGGAAGGGUUGCAGGCAGCGAGAACGUCUGACUAUUCCAUCGCGCAGUUUAGGUAUCUGUUGAAGCUGUUGCUGGUGCAUGGCCGGUACAACUACGUUCGGACGUCCAAGUUUGUUCUUUGCACUUUCUACAAAGAGCUGUUAUUCUAUCUAUCGCAGCUGCUGUAUCAGAGAUACACAUUAUUCACGGGCUCCUCGUUGUACGAGUCGUGGUCGCUGUCCAUGUUCAACACUUUGUUCACGUCCCUGCCAGUUUUGUGUGUGGGUAUGUUCGAUAAAGACCUUCGUCCGUCGACCCUUAUUGCUGUUCCGGAACUGUACUCCAAGGGCAGGAACUACGAGUCGUUCAACUUCAAGCUCUUCAUUUUCUGGUCCCUUCUGGCCGCUACACAGAGCACUGCAUUAUGUUUCAGUCUGUGGAAUGUCUAUGGGUUCCCGGCUACUUUGGAUAACACCACGUACCCGUUGGGUUUGGUGAUGUUUACUGUCUUCAUUGUGAUCAUCAACACCAAAUGCAACAUUAUCGAGAUGCACUCGAUCACCAAGAUAUCGCUGAUCUCGUGGCUGGUUUCUGUUCUUGGAUGGUUUGUGUGGUGUUUGCUUCUUGUUGGUCUUUACAAGAACAAAGAUAGCACGAUCUACUACGUUGCACAUGGACUGUUGGAGCAUUUUGGAAAAGAUAUUACUUUCUGGGCCAGUAUUUUGGUCCUCAUCGUUGUUGGCCUGGCAGUGGAGACGCUGUUCUAUGCUGUCAAGGUAUGUCUCUGGUCUACGGACACGGAUGCAUUCCAGGUGCUGGAGAAAGAUAACGAGCUACGAAAACAGAUGGAGCUGAAUGCAUUCGAGGAACUGAAACAGAGCUGGACAUGGAUGCACGAGUCGCAGCUGGUUGAGCAGGACAUCGACAACUACUCUGGGUUCAAGAGAGGAAUAUACCAGUUUCGGUCUUUCAUGAAGAAAGGAAGCGUUCAUCCGUCGCGACAGACUCGGAAGCGGAAACAAACGUUGAUCAAUCCUACAGAGCUUCCGCCGGGAUCUCCGUCCACGGCGAAGGCGGCAUCGUGGGACAUGUACGACGAAGAGAUCUUACCGAGCGGUAAAGUGGUGAGACAUAGGGGAGAAGAAAACGGGUUUAUGCGUCUGUUCAAAAAAAAUGAGGAAACUAGAGACAUCGAGUCGAUCCUGGAUGAACGCAUGAGACAUCUACAAGAUACAUGA